UAGACAGUAUGCACUCCGAAAGCGGUUACUCAUAAAGCAAUGCAAUCUCAUUCUAUAAUUAAGUAUUUAGCUGUGGAGCUUAAUGUUUGCCUGUGGCGAGGCAACUGAUGUGGCAUCUCGGAGAUGCGCGUCCCCAGUCAGGCUGCCAAAGCUUACGCUGCAGAAGAGCUCAGUCAAGAAAGCUUUGCCAGUUCAGUACUGUACUUCAGCAAGGCGUUCGGCUUUAAGAAUAGAGUCUGCGCAAUGGGGGCCCGAGUUUAGUGCCUGGUCUGCGGUGAAAAUAAACCUGAAAAGGGAAUAAAGGAGCUUCAGUCCACUAAGGAAUAAAGCCGGGAUCUAAGACUGGAAACCCAAAAAACAGACCGAGGGGGAUAUCAGGGGUUAGCCAUGACGGGAAUGGGAGUAAAGCGGAGGAAAGCUGGGCUUCCCGGUUUCUGUUGGAAAACCUGCUAUUUUCAUAUUUUAUUCUGGGUAGUCUCAGUCUGUGGAGAAGAGAAGACCUUCAUCGUAGAGACAUGGCUGAAAAACUAUGGUUAUCUUCUGCCCCAUGACAUUCGGACAUCAGACCUCAGGUCGGAGAAAGCCAUGCAGUCGGCUGUCGCUGCCAUGCAGCGGUUUUAUGGCAUACCUGUGACAGGAGUGCUGGACCAGACCACAAUAGAGUGGAUGAGGAAGCCUCGUUGUGGGGUCCCUGAUCACCCACGGAUCAGCCGCAGGAGGCGAAAUAAACGCUACGCGCUGACAGGCCAGAAGUGGAGGCAGAAACACAUCACCUAUAGCAUACACAACUUUACACCAAAAGUGGGGGAAAAAGACACGCAAAAGGCUAUCCGACAGGCCUUUGACGUGUGGGAGACAGUGACGCCACUGACAUUUGAGGAAAUCCCUUACUCUGAGAUCAAGAAUGAGAGGAAAGAAGCUGACAUCAUGAUUUUCUUUGCCUCUGGUUUCCAUGGAGAUAGCUCCCCAUUUGAUGGUGAGGGGGGUUUCCUGGCUCAUGCGUAUUUCCCUGGCCCUGGCAUUGGGGGGGACACCCACUUCGACUCUGACGAACCCUGGACUCUGGGCAAUGCCAAUCAUGAUGGGAAUGAUCUGUUCCUAGUGGCAGUCCAUGAACUAGGCCAUGCCCUAGGACUGGAGCACUCCAAUGAUCCCAGCGCUAUAAUGGCCCCCUUCUACCAGUACAUGGAAACACACAACUUCAAAUUACCUUUGGAUGACCUUCAGGGCAUUCAGAAAAUCUAUGGCAUACCAACAGCGAUGCUUGAGCCCACCAGGCCCUUGCCCACUCUGCCAGCUCGCCGGACCCACUCCACCUCUGAAAGGAAGCACGACCGACAGUCACGGCCACCUCGACCCCCCUCUGGAGACAAGCCAGCCUCCCCUGGAACUGCAAAGCCCAACAUCUGUGAUGGAAACUUCAACACUGUGGCCUUCUUCAGGAGAGAGAUGUUUGUGUUCAAGGACCGCUGGUUUUGGCGACUGCGCAACAACAAAGUACAGGAAGGAUAUCCCAUGCAGAUUGAUCAGUUCUGGAAAGGCCUCCCUCCCAGGAUUGAUGCUGCGUAUGAGAGGUCAGAUGGGAAGUUUGUCUUUUUUAAAGGUGACAAAUAUUGGGUAUUUAAGGAAGUCACAGCAGAGCCAGGUUAUCCACACAGCCUGGUUGAUCUGGGCAACUGUCUGCCUCGUGAGGGCAUUGACACUGCACUGCGCUGGGAACCUGUGGGCAAGACGUACUUCUUCAAAGGAGACCAGUAUUGGAGGUACAAUGAGGAAAAGAGGACAGCCGAUCCAGGGUACCCCAAACCCAUCACUGUCUGGAAGGGUAUCCCAGAGUCCCCACAAGGAGCAUUUGUCAGCAAGGAAGGCUUCUACACCUAUUUCUACAAAGGCAAAGAAUACUGGAAAUUUGACAACCAGAAGCUGAAUGUUGAACCUGGCUACCCCAAAUCUAUUCUAAAGGACUGGAUGGGAUGCCACCAGUCAGAUGUGGAGAAAAGCAAAGAAAGGCAUCUUCCUCAUGAUGAUGUAGACAUCAUGGUGACCAUCAAUGAUGUGCCAAGCACAGUCAAUGCCAUUGCUGUGGUGAUCCCCUGCAUCCUCUCCUUCUGCAUCCUGGUGCUGGUUUACACCAUCUUCCAGUUCAAGAACAAAGGUGUGCAGCAGAACGUCACCUAUUACAAACGCCCGGUUCAAGAGUGGGUAUGACAGGCUGGGAGCCACUAAGAAACAUUGUUAAGAGGGCUACAAGAAAAUGAAGCGCCAUCUGAUGAGUGGCUGCCUUGCACAAAAUGGGGAAUGGGGGGUGGGGGGUAUUAGGUUUAAUUAAACCUCCAAGAACAAGAGAUCAUUAACAAAUGGCCACAUUAAUGUUUUAGCAUGAGAAGAUGCACAAAGGCAGGGAGGCCCUUGACUUAGAGAGAGCAGACCUGCCUCCUCUCCUGCCUUUUGAGCUAUGUGUCCUUUAUUUCUGGGUGUGCCAUUUUAUAUGUUAUCCAGUUCCCAAGACUCCCAUCCAACCUUCCGCGCAGGAGGGCUAGGGAGCCCUGUGUAAGUGUCCAUAGCCAGAUACCAGCAAUCUCCUGUGCACCCGCCAUCUCUUCCUUUAGUAUGAACGUUUACAUGGAGAUAAGCAAACAAAGCAAUGAAGGUAGAAAGGCCACAGAAAAGGAAACCAAGGAUUGCUCCAUAGAUCAUUUGAAGUUUAUCAUUUAAAAAUUCUUCAUGUCUCAUGAAUCAAAACGAACAGUUCUCUGGUGAACUCCUGUGACUCCCAGGUAGCCUCAAACUCUCAGCACUUUCCACAUUUACUAACGGGGCUCUUGGAUGGAGACAGCAUACUGGAUUGACUGGACUGGUUUUGCUUGGACCUACAGUAGCAGCCUGAUGAAAUAACAUUUGGUUAUUGAACUGAAUAAGUUAAAAAUUCUUUUUGUAUGGAAAAAGGUGAAAUGGAUGUUAAUAUUACAGUCACUCACUAGUGUUUAAUGGCUGCUGAGGAAAUGAUUUUUUCAUAUUUCCAUAAUAUAGAGAAACACACAGCAAUGUUCUCUAUAAUCCUCAGUGACAGUUUAUACUUGUCUGGCAUGUUGUCAACAGGAAUGGCUGGGGGCCAAAUGAACUGCUAUAAUGAAGCAGCCUUAAUUAUUUUUUAUAUAUCUGUUGUCUAUAAGUGUUUUCAUUACUGUCGUUGUAUCACAGGUCUGUUCUACAGCAGAAAUCUAACAGUCUGCUUAGCUGGGUGAAAAUGUAGCUACAGUGCUCUCAGAAUUUCACUAGAAGAGUGGUAGGGCUAGAGUUUGCCACUGAGGAUGUGAUUUAUAAGAAGAUAUUUCUGAGUCAGCCUGAUUCCAUAUUCUUUUGUAAAGUGCCAGUAAACAAAUUUAAACAGCUGUUAAAAUCCAGGAGACACUUGAUUCCAGUCUAAAUAGAGCAGACUCAGUGUUUCCUAAAAUGAUCUAGUAUAGGGGCUUAGCAGACCAUGAUGGAAUUGAAUACAGCCUUGGAAAAGAAAAACAACAGCAACCCAUAGGAAGAACUUUCAAUCAACAGUUUUAGAUGAAUUCCCUUUGUUUCAUACCACUAACAUAGUCUCAUAUUGAAAAAAAAAACGUUAUUCCAUUAUACUACUGACUUCAUUAAGGAAUGUUUUACAUUACCUGUUAUUACUUAUAUAUGGGAUGUAUCAAAAAUUGUUCCAGCACUUCCCUAGGUCAAAUAAUUACUAUCAAAGGAAGGAUCUAAUCUUGACCCCAGAAGGGUUAUGCUAAAUGGUGUUUAUAAAAAUCUCGACUUCUCCUUCUUGUGAUAUAACAUUAUCAUAUAGACCAUAUGGACAGUGAUACUGUACUGUACAUGAAACAUGGAGACAUUUCAGAUGUUAUUGACCUUUAAUAAGAUCUGAACGGAAGAUUAGAACUUAGCUUUGCAUUAUUUAUUCUGUAUUAAACUCCCGACUUUGAUCCCUUCAGUUCUAACACAAGACUGCUAUACUUUUUAAGUCUCAUUUUAAGUGAAUGAAAUUUCUGUUAAUUUCAAUAAUGUUAUCAAUUUGUAUUUUAAUAUACUGUUUAUAUUAAUCUUAUUAGUUUCCAAAUGUUACACCUAAUAAUUAUGAAAGAAGGCUGCAUGAUUUUGUGGCUGAACUUUAAUGAAGGAGUCAAACUUGAGGGAUUCUUAAGUAUUCUUAAAAUCCCCAAGCCUAGGGCCUAAGGUCAGAAAUGCAGUUUGGAUCAUGACCAUGACAUGUGUUUUGUGUGCAAGGAAGGGUCACAUUUGACCUCAUUUUGAAGGUGUUUGACCAUUAUGCAAAUUAAUACAGAACUAUAUUAGAAUUAAUAUUAUAUUUUAGCUUUGUAGUUCCAUCUACCUUAAAAACAUAAUUAUCCUUAAGUAAAUGGAACAUUCAAUGCACCUCAAAGAUGUUAAAAAAACAAAAUUUUGUAGUACACUUGUGUUCUCUUGAGAUGUUUCCAGCCCCUUAACAUACAGUAGUUCUUAUUGAAAUAUACAUUACAGACUUGAACAUUGCUAGAAUUAUUGUGAAUAGCUGUAAACUAGUUUUUUUUCUCAGAUAUUGUCAAUCACAUUCCAAUUUAUAAACUGGGAAGACGUGGUCCAUCUUGUGGUGUUGAUCACUGGAUUGCAUAAGCCCCAGAAAGUGAUAUAAUAAAUGAUCUUUUCAUCACUGAUGAGUGAUGCUGUGUGGAAAAUAAUCCAUGAAAUUGGACAGUGCCUUGCACACUGUAGAACACAUGUACAGCCCUGCCAAGUGGGCUUGCAUAAAUAUAUAAUAUGUCUAGAGAACAGAGGCUUACAUACCUCCCUAGACUUGGAGCUACAAAUUUGAAGCUAGGUGUAAGAAAACAACAUACAGUAUAUACUGUAGGUAAUGCUUGUGUGAUGCUUUUCUGAACAAACUUAAAUUUUGAGAAGACCACUGCUCAAAGUUUUUGUUAUGGCUGUUAAACUAUUAGAUACAGCUUAAUAGUCAUCAAUGAAAAAAGUUUAAUUUCUGUUGUUUACAUAUAGACUCAAUAUUAAUAGAACAUUGUAGUUUCGUACAUGACAUUUUAUAGUCUCACUUAGGCCGACUACAUUUAGAAAACAAAGGAAAGAGUUGUGUGGACUCUGACAUUUUUGCACUAUUUUAUUUCUGAGACAUGGUGUGAAUUGGAUUUCUAAUACAGUAUGUGUAACUGAAUGAAUCAAUCUUUUAUUUUAGCUCCAGAACCAAACUGUCAGCAGAUAGUUAGCAUCUAAUGAUUGCAUUUCUGGUGCAUUUUUUUCUAUAUCUAUAAUUUACAAAUAAGGUGGGAUUAUCCACACAUUUUUAAAAGAAAUGUUGUGUAUAUAUAUACUGUACUUCUGGUAAGAAUGACAUAGAGGGGAAAUGCUAAAUGCAUUUCACAUGCAAAUCUUCUCCAUUAUAAUCAAUAAACAACAACUCUAGACAUUCUGUAGAUCAAAGAGGCCUGUUACUGUCCUAAUUAUCUCAGAAUAUGUUUAUGAGUUACAGUUUUAUUUUUCCUAUGUUUGUCAAGGUCAUUCUACAGUUUUUCAGUAACAUUAUGCUUCUGGCAACAUCAAUUUUAAAAUAUGUUGUUCUUCCUCUUACAAGUAAUGCAGAUUUUGUCUUGCAGUAUACCCAGGGUCAAUGCUGUUGUGAAAAAUAAAAUCCAACUGGUUGCCUUCA